GCGCUCCCAUGCGCCGCUGCUGCCCGGCUUUAUUUGUAAACACUCCGACCGCCGCCGCCUCCGCCGCUGCCGCCGCCGCCGUCGUCUCCGCCGCCGCCCGCCCGUUGCCUCUGCCGUUGCCGCAGCAGCUUCCAACCAAGAUGGCGGCCGGUGGGAGCGGUGGCGGCCUGUCGUCCUGCCCGCCAGGGGUGGGGAACGGCUGCAGCAACGGCAACGGCGGCGGCGGCGGCGGCGGCGGCGGGCCCGGGACGGGUUUGAGCUACAAUAACUGCUCUGUGGCGGCGGCCGCGGCCUCGGCCCCCGGAAACCCGGCGGCCGCCUCCGCUUCCUCCGCCUCCUCGGCCUCGGCCGCCGCCGCCGCGGCCUCCUCCGCCUCCGGUGGGCCUGGGGCCGUGUCCGUCCAGGCCGCAGGCGGCGGCGGCGGCGGCGGCGGCGGGGCAGCUUCGGCCGUGGCGGCGGCGGUCUCCGGCCCGGGCCCGGCCCCCACUCCGGCCCCGCCCGGGGCCGUGGGGGCGGCAGCGGCGGGGCUGGUGCUGCACCGCGAGCCCGUCUACAACUGGCAGGCGACGAAGCCCACGGUCAAGGAGCGCUUCGCCUUCCUCUUCAACAACGAGGUGCUCAGCGACGUGCACUUCCUGGUGGGCAAAGGCAUGAGCUCGCAGCGCAUCCCCGCGCACAGGUUUGUGUUGGCUGUGGGCAGUGCUGUCUUCGAUGCAAUGUUUAAUGGUGGGAUGGCCACAACUUCUACAGAAAUUGAACUGCCAGAUGUGGAGCCUGCUGCUUUCUUAGCUUUACUCAAAUUUCUUUAUUCUGAUGAAGUUCAGAUUGGACCAGAGACUGUUAUGACCACACUUUAUACAGCUAAAAAAUAUGCUGUUCCUGCUCUUGAGGCACACUGUGUGGAAUUUCUAAAGAAAAAUCUCCGUGCUGAUAAUGCUUUCAUGCUUCUAACACAGGCAAGACUCUUUGAUGAACCCCAACUGGCCAGUCUGUGCUUGGAGAACAUAGAUAAAAAUACAUCGGAUGCCAUCAAUGCAGAGGGUUUCACAGACAUUGAUUUAGACACACUUGUUGCUGUGUUAGAGCGGGAUACCCUGGGUAUUCGAGAGGUGCGUUUAUUUAAUGCAGUGGUUCGCUGGUCUGAGGCAGAGUGUCAGCGGCAGCAGCUUCCAGUGACUCCAGAAAACAAGCGGAAAGUUUUGGGCAAAGCCCUUUCUCUUAUUCGUUUCCCACUGAUGACAAUUGAAGAAUUUGCUGCAGGGCCUGCUCAGUCAGGCAUCCUCACUGACCGUGAGGUGGUCAGCCUGUUUCUCCACUUCACCGUGAACCCAAAGCCCCGCGUGGAGUUCAUUGACAGACCACGCUGCUGCCUUCGAGGGAAGGAGUGUAGCAUCAACCGCUUUCAGCAAGUGGAGAGCCGCUGGGGCUACAGCGGAACCAGUGACCGAAUCAGGUUCUCAGUUAACAAAAGGAUAUUUGUGGUUGGAUUUGGCUUAUAUGGAUCAAUACAUGGACCAACAGAUUAUCAAGUCAAUAUACAGAUCAUUCACACUGACAGCAACACGGUCUUGGGUCAGAAUGACACCGGCUUCAGCUGUGACGGAUCCUCUAAUACAUUCCGGGUCAUGUUUAAAGAGCCUGUGGAGAUCCUGCCCAAUGUUAACUACACAGCAUGUGCAACACUGAAGGGUCCCGAUUCUCACUACGGCACCAAAGGCCUGCGCAAAGUGAUCCGCGAGUCUCCCACCACGGGGGCCAAGACCUGCUUCACGUUUUGUUACGCGGCCGGAAACAACAAUGGCACCUCGGUGGAGGAUGGACAGAUUCCAGAGAUCAUCUUCUACACAUAAUGGCCACCUGGCAGGACUGUCCUGGAGUGGCCGCCCAGGGCCCCCUCCCCCUCCUCUCUGGCCGAGUCCGACCGUGCCAAUGGGCGCGGCUGGCCCAACACACACUUCCAUGUUUUUGCCUCGUGUUAGUGAUGCCGCUGCCGCUCUCCCCCACAGACCGGUUUACAGGAAUCCACUAUAGUCAUAUGGGGUAGCAACUGCCUCCAUUUUAGUGGUCAUCUUAUCCUCUGAGUUCAUGAAAAGCAUUUUUUUAAAAA